UAUUUUCCCAUUGCGAUCAGUUCCAGUUGUGGUGAUGCGGGAUCGUUUCUAGAAUCGGGCUUGUCUUUAGUGGCGUCCAGUUGUUGAUUUGCCAGCGGCUCGAGGCGCACCCUCACAAUCAAGCGAAAGAGGAGAGAGGAAAAGGUGGAAAUGUCCGAAAAGAAGACCGCCGAGUCAUCAGGCCCAGCACGACAUUCGCAUUCCGUCCCUGCAGCAUCUUUCCGUGCGUCAAGCUAAGCUACCUUUGCCAUUACCCAUUACCUACCUUGUCUUCCUUACCUAAGCUCUCUAAGCUCUUUAAGCUCCAUCUUCUUUUCCUUUUCUCCUUCUUUCAUUGUGUAUGCGCAACCUUGCGCGACUGGAGAGCCUCAAGACGAAACAGCCAUCCCUUUAGCCUUGCCCAUUUAUUUUUGUCGCCCGCUUUGUGCGAGCCUGAGAUGCCAAUUCGCAGUUUUCUUGGCUGAAUGCUGUUUCGCGACCGGAAGCCCGACUAAUGAAUCGUGUUGUAGCGACGCACAAUUCCCCGCGAACAUGGUUCCUAACUUCGUCAUUGACCCCUCUGGCCGUCCGACUGAUAAGGCAAUUGCUCACGCACGGUGAUUAUGUCGUCGCUUGUCUGCCUCCGCACGAAAUCGAGCACGACGACCGAAGCGCUGAAUUUCGCGAGCUAGUCAACGAGUGUAAAAGCAAUCGAAAGGAUCGAGAAGGUUGGAAAGAUCGCAUUCGGAGUAUACGUUGUGAUGGUCGAGUUAUGGGCCAAUGCAGUGCCGCAGUGGCGGAGGCGAAGCAUGUGUUCGGGCGCAUAGAUAUUCUGCUGUGUUGCACAUCUGAAGCCAUCGUUGGAACUGUGGAAGAGCUAUCCACCACGCCGGCGACGCAAAAUUUAGUCCGCGACCAAUUCGAAACCAUUUUCUUCUCCCAGGUAAAUUUCAUCAAAGCUUCGCUCCCGACAUUUCGCGCGCAGCAUACAGGCCAUAUUAUGAUUCUCACGAGCCUCGGCGGGCAUAUAGGUACGCCCGGAAUGCCAAUAUAUACGGCUGCGACAUGGGCGCUCGAGGGAUUUUGCGAUUCGCUGGCUUAUGAAGUUGCGCCCUUCAAUAUAAAAGUGACCAUAGUGCAACCGCACAAGGAGAUACAAUCUUUAACCAACAAGAUCGUAUUCUCUCCUUCGUUGCCGUAUUACGAUAGUGAAAAUAACCCGGCGCCUAGCGUUAGGGAUAUGCUCACGAAUGUGCUGAAUCUAAACCCUGAGACUGCCCUCGAACCGUCGGAAACGGAUAUCAUUCAAAGAUACCCCAAACUUCCGGCUUCUUCGAUGGACCGUCUUGUGGGCGAGACAGUGUAUGCACUUACGGCUAUUGGCGGACACGAGAAUCCGCCGGCGCGCCACAUUGUCGGAUUUGAGGGAGCCGAGGCUGUGAAGGAGAAGUUGAAAACGGUAACGGAAGAGCUGGAAGACUUUGUCGAAGCAAGCGUUGCAGUUGAUAUUUUCGAUUCGGAGUUGAAAAAUGAGGCGACGCAAGGUAAAGUCAAAGCGGAAGGGAAAUCUGAAGGAACAGGAGGACCAUCUAGUACUACAUCGACAUAGUAAAUAGUGAGGUUGAUAUCUGACUUAUGACUUGUACGAAUUGCUCUCAUAAACUUG